ACCAGCGGGGCGGAGCGCAGCCGAGCGAGGCGGUGGAGCCCGAGCCGGAGGGAGAGUGGCAGCCGACAGGGGGGUCGCGGCCAUUACGCUGGGAUGUGCGCGGGACACGGCACAAGACACCGGUGGGCAGUCUGCUUCCAUGAGGUUCCAUUCUAUGGCUGGCGCAGAUGCAGAGCAACUGUGGUAGGAAAUGAACCGAAAAAAAUCAGGUAUAAAUAAGCGGACACUCCUUGGAUUAUAAAGCAUUUCAGGAACAAUGGCAGAUCCCAUCCGCUGGGCCAGAUACCGUUGGCAGCGACUGAUCUCUACAGAAGGCAGAGAAGUUAGCAGCAGCAGCAACUCAAGUAGCAAGCGCUAUCAGUCAUCAAAAACUGCCAGCAAACACAGGAUAGUGAUACCCUGUUUGGGACAUUUUAAGGAAGAGUAUGAAAAGGUAUCAAAACUGUACAUGAACAACAAAAUAAGGACUACUAAAUAUACUUUACUGAAUUUUAUACCACGGAAUUUAUUUGAACAAUUUCACAGAGUUGCCAAUUUGUAUUUCCUAUUUCUAGUUGUUCUAAACUGGGUUCCUCUGGUGGAAGCUUUCCAAAAAGAAAUUACAAUGCUACCUCUAGUAGUGGUUCUGACAAUUAUUGCAGUGAAGGAUGGUCUGGAAGAUUACUCAAAAUACAAAUUGGAUAAACAGAUAAACAACUUACUAACCAAAGUGUAUAGCAGGAAAGAGAAGAAAUACAUAGAUGAAUGCUGGAAAAAUGUCAAUGUUGGGGAUUUCAUCCGGCUUUCACGUAAUGAAAUAAUUCCUGCUGACAUGGUGCUGUUAUAUUCUAGUGACCUGGAUGGGAUCUGUUACAUUGAAACUGCCAGCCUUGAUGGAGAAACCAAUCUAAAGCAGAGGCAGGUGGUGAGAGGAUAUUCAGAGCAGGUCUCUGAAAUUGAUCCAGAAAAAUUUUCCAGUAGAAUAGAAUGUGAAAGUCCUAACAAUGACCUCAGUCGCUUCCGAGGCUUUGUUGAACAUUCAAACAAGGACAGAGUGGGCCUCAGCAAGGAGAACUUACUGCUCCGAGGAUGCACAGUAAGAAACACAGAAGCUGUUGUAGGCAUUGUGGUAUAUGCAGGUCAUGAAACCAAAGCCAUGCUGAAUAACAGUGGACCUCAUUACAAGCGCAGUAAAUUGGAAAGAAAAGUGAAUUCUGACAUUCUUUGGUGUGUUCUGCUUCUAAUUUUAAUGUGUUUAACUGGUGCAGUAGGCCAUGGAAUUUGGUUAAGUAGGUACUCGGAAAUACCUUUUUUUAACAUCCCUGAUCCAGAUGGGAAAUCGAUUCCUCCAGCGUUAGCAGGGUUCAACAUGUUCUGGACAAUGAUCAUUUUAUUACAGGUCUUGAUCCCAAUUUCUCUCUAUGUUUCAAUUGAGAUUGUCAAGUUGGGACAAAUUUAUUUAAUACAGAACGACAUUGAUUUUUACCAUGAGAAAACAGACUCUACAAUUCAGUGUCGAUCACUGAAUAUUGCUGAAGACCUUGGCCAGAUUCAGUAUAUCUUCUCUGAUAAGACUGGAACACUCACUGAAAAUAAGAUGGUUUUUCGGCGAUGCAGCAUUGCAGGACAGGAGUAUUGCCAUGAGGAAAAUGCAAAGAGGUUGGAGUCCUAUCAAGAGAUGGAUUCGGAAGAUGAGGAUUCAGCUGAUGCGCAAUAUGCUUCCUUGAACCAUAUGUCAAAAAGGAGGGGUCACAACUGCAGAGCUGUGAAUGAGUCUUUGAACAAAACGUCUUUGGAUCAGUUAUCUGGUAGUUACCCUGUGGAAGGAAGGGACAAUUCAGCAAGUGAUGUUCCCCAUGCAGGACAUGUUGCUUUCAGCAGCCGUAUUGAAACGGAUGUUGUACCAGACACACAACUGCUGGAGAAGUUCAGUCAGAUUUCUUCUCAUUCCUAUCAACAAUCAGAAGAUGCCAUCAGCAAGUUAUCUUUGGAGACAACGUACAUCAUUGACUUCUUUCUUGCUCUGGCAAUCUGUAAUACUGUUGUAGUUUCAGUCCCCAAUCAGCCACGUCAGAAGAUGAGACACUCUUCACUGGGUAGGAUGCCUAUUAAAUCCCUUGAGGAAAUCAGGCAGAUGUUCCAGCGGUUGUCAGUCCGGAGACUAAGUUCCUCCCCACUUCCAAGCAUAAAAGAGUCGUCAUCUGAAAGCCCAAAUAGCUUUGUGAGCAAACUGUCUAUUUUUAAAAUGAAACUGGCUUCACCUGCUUUGGAUGGGGCUGCUCAAAGGGCUGCUGAGCCUCACAACCCUGACAGCCCAGAAAAUCCCCAACUAUCCGAAGAACUAGAUAUGGUGAAUGUAGCUGCGGGCAGUGAACACCACAGUGCUGGGUCAUCUGUUAAAGGGUCAUCUCCCUUAUCCAAACUGUGUUACGAAGCUGAGAGUCCAGAUGAAGCUGCCUUGGUUCAUGCUGCUAGGGCUUAUAAAUGUGUUUUACAGUCUAGGACUCCUGAUCAAGUAACUGUGGACUUCACAGGUCUGGGACCUUUAACAUUUCAGCUCUUGCAUAUCCUGCCUUUUGACUCGGUGCGAAAAAGGAUGUCAGUGGUGGUUCGGCAUCCAGUCUCCAACAAAGUGGUGGUGUACACAAAAGGUGCAGACUCAGUCAUGAUGGAUUUGUUGGGAACUGCAUCUGAAGUAGGCACUAAGAAUUCAGAAAUGGAACAAAAGAAGAUUAAAGAGAGAACUCAGAAGCAUUUGGAUGACUAUGCCAGAAGGGGACUGCGCACUCUUUGUAUUGCUAAAAAGGUGAUGAGUGAUGAGGAAUAUACAGAGUGGUUAAAUCAUCAUUUUCUAGCAGAAACCAGCAUUGACAAUAGGGAGGAGCUGCUGCUCGAAUCCGCCAUCAGGCUUGAGACCAAACUAACUUUGCUUGGUGCCACUGGCAUUGAAGAUCGGCUGCAGGACGGUGUUCCAGACACAAUACAGGCAUUACGGAAAGCGGGAAUAAAAAUAUGGAUGCUGACGGGUGACAAGAGAGAAACAGCUGUCAACAUUGCCUAUGCUUGUAAACUGCUGGAGCCAGAUGACAAAAUCUUCACUCUCAAAUCACAAAGUAGAGAUGCUUGUGCUUUGGUGAUGAACAAAAUUUUAGAAGGCAUCCAGAAGAAUACUUCUGUCAAAAAAACAAAAAGUCAGAAACUUGGGAAUGUCUCUGCAAGUCCCUCUACUCAAGCUCCAGGGUUCAGUGCAGGUCUGGUUAUUGACGGAAAGACUUUAGAGCAUGUCCUUCAUGACAGCCUGCAGAAUAUUUUCUUGGAGCUUACAGAAAAAUGUCGAGCUGUAGUCUGCUGCCAAGCCACACCACUGCAGAAGAGUGUCCUGGUCAGACUGGUGCGAAAUAAGCUAAAGGCAAUGACAUUAGCUGUAGGUGAUGGUGCCAAUGAUGUCAGUAUGAUCCAGGUGGCUGACACUGGCGUAGGAAUCUUGGGCCAAGAAGGCAUGCAGGCUGUGAUGGCAAGUGACUUUGCAAUCUCUCAGUUUAGACACCUCAGGAAGCUGCUGCUUGUCCAUGGUCACUGGUGUUAUACCAGGCUUACCAACAUGGUGCUCUACUUCUUCUACAAGAAUGUGGCCUACGUGAACCUCUUGUUCUGGUACCAGUUCUUCUGUGGGUUUUCAGGCACAUCAAUGACUGACUAUUGGAUCUUGAUUUUUUUCAAUCUCCUUUUUACAUCGGUGCCACCCAUCGUUUAUGGUGUCUUGGACAAAGAUGUGUCUGCAGAGAUACUCAUGCAGAUCCCGCAGCUGUACGUGAUGAGCCAGAAAUCUGUGGCCUACUUGCCUUCAACUUUCUGGAUAACCUUGCUGGACGCUUUUUACCAAAGUCUUGUUUGCUUUUUUGUGCCUUACUUUACUUACUAUGGCUCAGACAUAGACAUUUUUUCUUUCGGAAAUCCUAUAAACACAGCAGCUCUCUUCAUAAUAUUGUUGCACCUUCUCAUUGAGUGCAAGUCUGUGACUUGGAUACAUGCAGUAGUUAUAGUUGGCAGCAUCCUGUUUUACUUUGUCUUCACUCUGGCUUUUGGGGCAACGUGCAAAACCCAUAACCCACCAUCAAAUCCAUAUUGGAUCAUGGAAAGGCACAUGACAGACCCAGUAUUUUACCUCGUCUGCCUCCUGACUGCUUGUGUUGCUCUGCUGCCAAGAUAUUUGCUGAGAGUUCUCCAAGGAACGUUGUUUCCGUCUCCGGUGAUGAGAGCCAAGCACCUUGACAAACUGAUCCCUGAGGAGCAGAGGGAAGCAAUUAAGAGAUGGAAAGAUGAUUGCGUUGUAAACUGUAGAAUGGAGUUCCAGAUUACUUCUGGGUCUUCCAGCUCAGCCACAGGUGCUGUAUCAGAGGAAGAAAGCAUUGCCAGUGUUUUGCCAACUUCUAAAACACCUUUUCAGGCCUGUUCAAGAGGGGGGUUAGUGGAGGAAGUCUCCUUAUCAGACAUUCAGGAUGAGUCUGGGAACACAAACAGCCUGAGCUCUGAUAGGACUGUAUUUCUGAAUUUAUCAAAGGAAACUAAUUCAGACUCCUAUGGAACUAGUAACUGCUGUGCCAAAGUCUCUCGGCGUACUUCUGAAGAGGGCAAAAGUGCCAUUUCCCUAGCAGGUUUGAACACAAAGCAGGUUUGAAUUGUUUUGUGUGCACAAGCUGGUUUAAUGUGAUUUACAAAGUUGGAAUGUGAACUAUUGAAAAUCCAAGAAUAAUAACUGCUGAUGUAUGCUACAUUGCGGUUUUGUUUUCUUCAGCCAAGGAAGAUGAUGCACCCAUUUGCUUAAAAGCUUUUGUGUUUAUAAAGCUUUUCAGUAAUUUAUUGAGACAUUCAAGGCCUAAAUGGCUGAAUUUUGUUGUUUUUGUAUGUAGUAGAUUUCGCAUACUGUUUCUGUCUUUCAUGCAACGUUGCAUAAUGCCUCUUGGUGUUAUAGACAGGACAUUGUAUGAAUUACAGAUCUGUGGGAUCUAGUUCAGGUAAGAUUCACUCUAUAAUAAGCCACGCUGCUCCCUUGCAUUGCUGUCUUAAAAUUGUCAUAUUGCCUGGGAUUCAUGGCAUGCUGAAGUAUGCAGUAAGCAGAAAGCCUGGGAUGCUGUGUUUUUAGUUGGUUUGUUGCAAGACUUCUCAGUGUUUGUACAUAGCAAUUGUUUUAACCAUUGUUGUCCUGCUCCUCCACCAUCUAUUGCUAAAACUGCCUCACUGCUGUCCAAACUCAACUUAAACCGUUAGGAAGGUAUCCUGGAUGAGACAUAUAGCUCCCAUGUCUCCCUCACCUUCCUCUCCCUCAGGAGAAAAUUCUUGUGCAGCUUUUUAUUCUCCAUGGUAGUUCAUCCUCCUGCUACAUCCUUUCUCUUUGUCUCCAUGUUCCCUUUCAUGUUAUUCACACUGACUGGACUUCUUUUCCUCCUCAUCCAACUUGUAUGUUGGCUGCCUGAAUUUUCUCUAGAUUCUACCUCGUGCCUGCACUGGAAAAUCGUCUGCAAGUGGCAGUGGGUAGCUCCCAUGUGUCUACAGGCACAGCAACUUGUAGCUGAUGACAUUUCUCUUCUUGACUCUCAGGUGUUUUUACAUUCUUCCAGACUUUUAUAAUAAACAACAGUAAGUAUCUACAAAGGCUGCUCAAAAGUAUAGCCAUUUGCGAGCCCCACAUUUGAGCUCUGUUGCAUAAAUAUCUUGGAGGUGUCCUGUAUCUGCCAUUUCCCCACUGCUCUGCAAGCUGCACAAAAACUAGCUGUGUGUGGCUUAUUUCUGGAGUUCUGGGUGUCAAAAUAUUGCCUCCUUUUUACUUCUCUGCCCAAAAAUUUACAUGGCCAAUUUAUGGAGGAAUUUAGGAAAUUGUUUGUAUCCACUAGCACCUGUUGAAAUAAACUAUUUCCUCA